GCAAAGGUCACGCUACAUAUGAAUAGUAUCUUUGAUGUGAAGAUUGUGUUCACGUCUGUAUUUGAAAGUUUAAACAAGUUGUGUCUACACGGCUAUUUGAAAAUAAGGAAAUAAAUAAAUAUGUUUGCUAACUCGUUAAUACUUGUAGCUUGUGUUCUUUAUGUUCCCGCAAUUCCCACGAAAUAUUGACGAUGUUAUACGGUUUCACCUCACAGUAAUAACGGUAGUUUAGGACGUCGUCGCAUACAUAAAGCCUACUUGACUUACAGGUUAAGAUAUAUUUAAAUUUCGGCGCUUCUCAACGUUUGGUUUCAAUAACGUUGCGUUUUGUUUGGACAAUAUGAAGAUUGUUACAUGCGUCGCACCUGUUAAUAUUGCAGUUAUAAAAUACUGGGGUAAACGAGAUGACAAACUUAUUUUACCACUAAAUGACUCUGUCAGCACAACAUUAAGCACAGAACAUCUAUGUGCUAAGACAACUGUAAUGAUUAGCUCCGAGUUUCAAAGUGACAGACUAUGGCUGAAUGGAAGGGAAGAGAACUGUGAAAACCCACGUAUACAAAACUGUUUGAGAGAAGUCCGUAAAAGAGCUGCUAAAUCUGGAAACAAUGAAAAUAUGUCUGCAUGGAAUGUCCAUAUUUGUUCAGAAAAUAAUUUCCCCACGGCUGCUGGCCUUGCAUCAUCUGCUGCAGGUUAUGCAUGUUUAGUGUAUGCAUUAUCCAGAAUUUAUGAGAUUGAUGGUGACAUAUCAGCCAUAGCACGUCAAGGCUCAGGUAGUGCCUGCCGCAGUGUGCUGGGAGGUUUUGUUCAGUGGAACAAAGGAGACCAAGAUGAUGGUUCAGAUUCACUGGCAACUCAGCUAGCUCCAGCUAAUCACUGGCCAGAAAUGAGAAUUCUAAUUCUUGUGGUACAUGAAAAACACAAAAAGAUAAGCAGUAAGAUUGGAAUGGAACAGAGUGUGAAAACUAGUGAACUGCUAAAAUAUCGUGUUUCACACUGUGUCCCACAAAGGAUACAAGAUAUCAAACAGGCUAUAUUAAAUAAGGACUUCGAGAGAUUUGCUGAAAUAACAAUGAAAGACAGCAAUCAGUUUCAUGCAGUUUGUCUGGACACAUUUCCACCAGCAGUUUACAUGAAUGAUGUUUCGCAUGCCAUAGUUAAUUUUGUUCACUGUUACAACAAAUUAAAAGGUCACAAUGCUCUUGCAUACACAUUUGAUGCGGGUCCAAAUGCUUGUUUGUAUAUGAAAGAGCAUGAUGUCCCAAAAGUUUUGGGUUUACUCAGUGUCAUUUUUCCAUUUCCUGGAGAAGAAGACAGCUACAUUAAAGGAAUUCCAAUCAACAAGGACACUAUUUCACAGGAAAUGCAAGCUGCUUUUGGUAUGGAACAACAGAUGGAAGGGUCAUUAAAAUAUAUAAUCCACACGCGUCUUGGAAACGGACCAAAGGAACUGAAGAGUCAGAAUGAGCAUCUCUUGACAGAGUCUGGAGUACCAAAGAACCUGGUCGUAUGAAGAAACAAUGAAGGAUUCAAAAUGCCACUCGAGAGUAUUUGUGUUAAACAAUGCUUUCAACAAAAGCAGUACUGUUUAAUAACUUUUGAAGGGAAAUUAUGGUGCAAAAUACACUUCUAAACAUGGCCUUAAAUGAAUAUAGUGAUAAGAGUUUUGUUGACAGUGAGUUUAAAUAGCACAAAAAAAGCACAUCUUGUAUGAAUUUAUGUACUAUCAAUGCAUUAAUAAAGGUUUCUAAAAUAUUA